AUGUUCACCAAUACUUUCGUUAAGGCUGUUGUAGCCGUUGCUGCUGCCAACCUGGUGUCUGCCCAGACCUUCACUGACUGCAACCCGUUGGAGAAGACCUGCCCUGCCGAGGCUGCCUUCGGCAAGGACUCCGGUAUCUGCGACUUCAAGUCCGAGUGCAAGAUCUUCACCUCCCUGCCAGGUACUUCGGUCUCAUACGAGAGUGAUGGCGCCCGUUUCCGCAUCAGCAAGGAGGGCGAGGGCCCAACAUUCGCUACUCAGAAGCGCAUCUUCUUCGGUCGUGUCGAUGUUGAGCUCAAGUCCGCUCCUGGCAUUGGCAUCGUGACCUCGGUCGUUCUCGAGUCUGCUGACCUCGACGAGGUCGACUGGGAGUGGCUCGGUGCCGACGACUACCAUGUCCAGUCCAACUACUUCGGCAAGGGCGACACCACCACCUACGACCGCGUUGCUCUUCACAACGUUGCCACCCCCAGCAAGACCUUCCACACCUACACCAUCGAAGCGACUUCCAAGUUCAUCGCCUGGUCCAUUGACGGUACUGAGGUCCGCCGACUGCUCCCUGAUCAGGCCAAGGGUGGAUCUCGUUUCCCCCAGACUCCCUUCGAGGUCAAGAUCGGUACCUGGGUUGCUGGUGGCAAGGACUCUCCUGAAGGCACCGUUGAGUGGGCUGGUGGCCGCACUGACUUUAGCAAGGGCCCCUUCGACGCCUACUACAAGAGCAUCUCCAUCAUCGACUAUGCUGGCGGCGAUGCCCCUACCAAGGACAGCAUCAAGGAGUACGUCUAUGGCGACAAGACCGGCUCAUGGGAGAGCAUCAAGGUCGUCAAGGGUGACGGCGCCGACGACGACAAGCUGAAGACCUCCGCUACCAUCACCAAGACCCAGGAGAUCCAGACCAGGACCAGCAUUGAGUUCUCCACCUCCACCCUUUCAUCGGACUCUAGCAAGACCUCGGGAUCUUCAUCGGCAUCAUCAUCCGGUGCCUCCUCUGGAACCAGUGAGAAAACCACCAAGACCUCUGACACAACAUCCUCGCCCGUGACCUCUACCCUGACCUCCACCAUCGUUGACUCUGGCUCCACUACCAUCAAAACCAUCACCACUACUGGCUCCGCUAACCAAGGAACUACAGCUGCUACCCCUAGCGCCUCUGGCUCUCAAGGCUCCGGCUCCAGCUCUACCUCCGGAUCCCAGGCUAGCCAAACCUCUGGCUCUUCCUCGGCCCCCUCAACCACCCCCAGUGCCGCCGCCCAGGGUGUCGUUUCUUUCGUCGGCCUCACCAUCGCCGCUGCCGUUGGUAUCGCCUUCCAGCUGCUGUAA